GCAGGUUACUAUCAAAUUAGGUCACGGUUGUAUAACUUCAUUUAGCAAGUUUAGAACUGAUUAAUUUAUUACAACCAGAAUUCCGCUUAAUUAAAAAGACACUAUAGAACUGUAAAUGAGGAAGUACUAUUCGUUGCAUAAACAAAUAAAAUCUCCUCCCCGCGUGAAUAAAUUUUUCCCCUAUCAAAGUGUACCAAGUUCAAAAAAAUAUUUCUCAUCGGACUGUCACAGCUGAUCACGGCAAUCAGUUUAUUUUUCGCAUUUCCUAGGAAGUAUUUUCCGCUGAUGCAAAUGACCAUUUGAUCUAAGAAGCGAUCGAACAAGAAUGCCUUGUUGUCAUUGCGCGUUUAACACUUGGCCCGCGUGCCUAGCUUGGCCAAUCAGCGCGCCUCUGUAUAUUGGGAGGAAAAUAAUGGAUUGCAAAUGUUGUCAGAUGAGGAGCAAAACUUAAGGAUCACUGAACCAGCUGGUAUAGUCGGUGUUUGAUGUUUCGCUCAGGCAGUUGAGAGCUCCUCCUCUAGGGCGAGAAGUGUGGUUGGCAGCGCUUCGACCGAAAAUGGCCACUGUUAUUCCGGACGACGUGCAGUCUUUUAAAGCAGCGUUCGAAGUUUUCGACCAUGACAAAACUGGAGAAAUAAGUUACGUAGAUUUUCCAAACGCAGUUCGAGCCAUUGGCUUCAACCCGACGAACAACCAAGUGGUCGAGGUGCUCAAAGCUGCCAACAAGGGCGAAAAAGAUAAAAUUAAUUUUGACGAAUUUGUAGACAUGUUAGGGAAGUUUAACGAAUGCAGGAAGGAGGACGCCGAGGAAUCACUCCGCGAAGCAUUCAAGUUAGUAAGCAAAACUUUGUCUUCUGUUUUUUUUUCUUCUUACAGUUUCCAAAUGUUUUCCCUUAAUUGUUGCUGUUAUUUGCAUGGAGAUUUAGUCGUGUACAGAAUAUGCCAAAAACAACGGUGUUAAUAGCGCGCCAAGUGGAAUAGAUUUCUUUUUCGCGUCAGCUCAAUAUUUUACUACGGUUUUAAACUUUCGCUCGCUGCGUUUCAACUCAAAAUCAAGCCGUGAGGAACAUAAAACCGCCUCGAUUUUAAAUAUUUUAAAUAAAAACCUACCAAUUUACCAAGGUUCUGGAAAAAUUAUAACGAACAGCUCAGCUUCUGAUCACUCAUCACUGGAUGUCAAAGAAGACUUGCAUUUUGCAUUUAACGUUUGGCGCCGAUCGACUGAUUGGACCAAAAUUAGCUUGCACUAAAAUUUGACAACUUAAAAGUUUGUAUGACGAAUGGAAGGUCUAUAAAAAAAUUCUCGACCAAUGUAAGGCCUCUGAUUAUAAAUGCGCAUUUAGCUCAUUUGUGCUUUAAAACGGCGGGCGAUACCGAUUUUAACUAUCAACACCCUAAUAGAGAUUCAUUUUUCGCCAGCAAAUUUAGACAGCCAGAAUUUAGAUUAAAAUGUAUAGAUGACAGAGGAGUUGGUGUGCAACCAUGGAUAAAAUAAAUACUUUGCUCUCAUACGUUUUCCAAUUUUCCUUGGUUGUGUAACUAGGAAAAAAAAAAUGUCCUUAUAGACUGUCCGCUUGGAAAGCGACAUUUACGAGGUUAUGACUACCGAAGAAGCGUGUGAAUUUAACUACAAAAUUUAUAAAUAGUAAAGUUUCACGUGCAAGUUGCAUCUGAUUACAUUAGUUUCGUUCUGAAUCGUUAAUUCGACAACCAGACGACAAAAAUAGCUCAAACGCACGGAGAUGGACGCAGAGGGCUUAAAAACCUGCUUAAAAAUUUAAUCGCUUAUGCAACUCUGCCUCAAAUCUUUUUUUCUCUUCCUCGUCUGUUCUCAACCGAAAGCUAAGAGAAAAAUGGAGAAAAACGAAUAACAUACAAACACGAUUUCAAGUCGUCGUUACGCUACACCUGCCGAACGGACGCCAGAUGCUUGUUUUUUUGCAUGUUCUAAGCCCUUUUUCGACAUAAAAACUAAAUCAACGAACUGACAGCGACGCCACAUAUUUUAUAACAAGUUCUCCGUUUUCAUCGUAACAUCAACAAAUAUAUAAGAAACUAAAAAGUAAAAGAUAUAUUUGGAACAUUCCUCGUUAUUUUCAUGCGGUGUUUUGAAAAAUUAAUUUUUUUUUUUAGCUGAGCGAAUAUACAUAACGGUUUUUUCGAAGCAAUAGACUAUAUAUAAUAAUCAUGAUCUUCCUCUAAAUUCUCUGUUUUUCCAUUCAAGAACCGCUACACGAUGUAGAUAAGAGAGCCUAUUGCUUACGGCAAGUUCGCCGCAAAAGUUCGAUCUAUAUUUGUCAAUGUUGUUUUGCCGUGGGUUUUUUGUUAUUAUCAUAAAUUUUGGAAGCUAAAAAUAGCCUCACCACGGUACGCUUCGUAGAUCUUUUUUUAGCUCGCUUCUUAAGAUGUCCUCGUCAGCUAGAGGUAAAUAAAUAUAUGUAAAGUUUAAUAUACCCCCUUUACGAAAAAAUGAAAAAUAAGAAUAAUCUUGAUCCCAGGAGUUAGUAGAGUAUCGUUUGCUUCCUUGCCACACUUGGCUGUGAAUAUUACACGUGUUAAUUAAGCGGACCGUAUAUUGGCCAGAGUGUGAACGAAAUUUCCAAAAAUAUACAACCCUCGAUUCACACAGGAAAGAUCUGUAAUUAUAAUGGAUUAGUGUCUUUGUUUGAGUUAAAUGCGGAAAUUUGAACUUGGAUCCGAUGGUCCGAAGUCCACACCAGAAGUCCAAUCUAUCAUUGGGCAGAAUGCCUAUUCUUCUCGCGACAUUUACUUGCAGUGGCGAAAAUGCUAUAGAUCUGUAAUAUAAGCGGCGAAGCGUAAACAGGGAGGCUCUCAUUGCUCGCAGAUCACGCGGCAGGAUAUUUGAUUUCUACUACAUCAAGUAUAAACAUCUUUUCCCGACUCGAUAUUAUAUAACAAAGUCUACGAAAAAACAUAUUGCAUCGUAAAUCAACUUUCAUUUAAGGGUAUUCUCUGUUACAAGAGAAAACGGAAGGAAAUAACUCACCCACACCGGACUUAUUUUAAAAUACUCUUCUCAAUAUUGAGAGCAUUCACAGUCCAUAGGCUCUGCAUGUUAAUGAAAAAGGCUAAAAGGCAAGAAAGAAAACCCUAUGGUAUUAUUUUGCAAAACAGGAUGCUUCUAAAUACAUUAUUCAACAUUUUCAAUAUUGAGCCUCGUUAAUCAGUAGAGCGCAAAAUGUUAGCCACAACUCCGGUAAACUUCGUGAAAAAAGAGCUUUUUAGAUUGGACAUGUUUAUAUCAAUAAUACAAAGUCUCCAUGUAAACGUACAACCUCCCACUUUAGAAAGAAUCGCCCCCGCAAAGAGACAUCCUACAAACGUGAUUUAGCGAAUUCAACUACAACUGCCUCCCUUCCUGAUUCAUUUAACCUUAUCUGAUAAAUUCUAAACAGGUACAUCUUUAGAAAUACCUUAUUUGCAUUUACCCUUGAACUUUCGUGGUCCAUUGAGAAAUUCUCCCUUCCAGCUGUUUAUAUUUCUUCGAAAAUCAGAGCGGAGAACUUGUUAAUAUACCAAGGUAAUAAGUUUCAUCUAAUGGCGUUGUUCAUCAGUCUCGUCACUGUUUGCUGGACAACGAAUUGAGAGCCAUGAAACGCUCUGCACAGGUUUCGAUCUAUUAAAACUUCUACGUGACUUUUAAUUUUAGAUAACAAUUUUUUAUCCACUUGAACUAAAAUUAUUGUUUUUCAACGACAGCACGUACGUUCGUUGCAUUUUAAAGCUCUUGAAAGAAAUUGACAAUAAACAUAUUAGCUUCUUUUUAAGUUUUUCCACUCUUGUGACAGUCAUUAUUGUCAAUUUUUCAGUGUAAGCUGUGUGCGAGACGGAAUGUAGGUUUGUUUCUUUUUGUAAUCAAACUUUGUUACAGAUAAGCACAGAAAACGAAAAAUUUUCGCUACAGCCCCGAAAGAUGUGACAACAGAAAUUAAUUACUUCGAGUCGGGAUCGGAUAUGGAGGAAAAUCGGCAUAUGUCGUCUUGGAAAAAGAGUGAAACGCGCAACUCUUGAGUGGUAGAACAUUGAUAUGGAACGGUUAAGGCCUACAAACGCUGGGCUCGAUCGCGCUACUUCGCAGAGACAGAUCGAAUUUUGUCGAUGCGUUCAGUCGCGAGAAUUCCAAUUCCAAUUCCAUUGAAUUUGUAGAAUUAACUCCAAUGAUAAACGAUUGUAGCAGAAACAAAAUCUUUCACGAAAAUAAUUCCUAGCACACAAGACGAGUUGUAGCUGUGACUAGCUAUCGCGACGUGUUUGGUAGACUUGUUGUAAAAGCUGUACACAAGGAGCACCUUUGACGCAGAGACCUGCAUUUGAUAUAGAUUUCAAAUCACCUAUUAAAAGGUAAAAAACACGCAACUUAGUCUCAAAUGACGGUAUUUUGUUUCCAUCGAUCCUUAAAGAGGUAGCAUUAAAACUUUCCUUAGUAAUUGUUUACUCAGCAAUCUUUCCGAUUUCCCUAUUCUCGAAGUGACGACCACUUCGCAUGCGCACAUAUUCUUGAUCCCAGGUCUCCCAUCAAUUCUAUAAGCCGACGUCUUCUUUUGCACUACAGGACUCUGGGAACAAAAUUUCUGAUAUCACACAUAUUUGUCGUGUUGCAGGAAGUUCGACCGUGACGGUAACGGCUACAUAUCCCCGGAUGAAUUACUGUACGUUGUAUGUAACAGCGGCGAGAAGCUGAGUAGAGAAGAGGCAGAGGAACUCAUCGGUAUGUUUGACAAAAACGAUGACGGCCAGUUGUCUUGGGAAGAAUUUGUGGAAUUCUUUAAAUGCGACAGAGAAGCUACAGAAGGUAACGUGACCAUCCCGGAAGAAUCUUCCCAAGAAGAACCACAGCUCAUUUAGAGUUGUCAGAUUUAAGGUUUUGUACCACAACAGUCACAGUUAGUCACACAACACUUGCGAUCACGCUGGUCAACUUCGCAAAAAAGGAUCAAGUAGUGACUGUUUCGAAAUCACAGAUAUUUAUUUCAGAAUGACUCCGCAGAUAUCCUCAUGACCGAUGGUGAAAUUUCAAAUUAUUUCAAGCUUUAACACAGUUAUAAUUUACGUGACAGAUCUCAUGCAUGAAUUGAAGUUCCUUCAAUUCCUCAGUGGCUUCAAAACCUUAUCACACCGAAAAGAUUUCUCUUUUCAGGGAAGUUUUUUGAUUUGUACAUAGCUUGUAACAUGAUCCAUUGGGUUGACCGCCUCCUGUUCAUGUACGUAUACUUUAAGAGCAACUUCACAGUGAAAAUCUGCACCUUUUUCAAUUUGAUAUUAUAUAAAGAGUUGAGCUAUCUAUUUUCGG